GCACUUCGAGUUAACAUGGCGGACAUGAGGAUAAGACAUGCUUGUUUUUAAUUGUACAAAAACAUUAUUUUUUAGAAUUUUUAACAUAUUUAAAGAAUAUAUAAUGUCAGUAGAAAAUGGAAGAGCAAGUAUAUGAUGAAGAGAAAUUAUUUUGUGCAUUUGAAUCGGUGGAUGUUGAGGCUAAAGAUGAGUUGUCAAGGUCAAAAAGUGAAAGGGAUACUGACGAAUUGGACUCUCUAAGGGAAGAAAAUAUGUUUUUGAAGAAGUUCUUACUGAGAACGAUGUUUAGUAAAGGUGAAGAUGAACCAUUUGCUUGUGUAGUUUACCAUAAAUGUUCUUUAGCAAGGCAAAAGGAAUUUGAAGACAUGAUUAUCCAUCUUGCCAAAAAAUCUCCAAAUUCAGAGAAACAUGAUGAAAUAACCAACCUUGAAAAUAACACCACAUUAAAGCAUGAUGUUGCAGCAGCUCUGGGAAUCACAUCAAAUGACAAUACAACUCAUACACCAACAGGAUAUGUACAAUAUUUUAGUUCGUAUUGUGUUGAUACGUCACAAUCCAGCAUUGAUAAAGUUUCCAUCCCAUCAUAUGAACCAGUAUAUUUUAAUACAUUACCUGCUAAUAUUGGUGGAAAAAUAAAGCAGAAGUGGAAGAGAACUUGUUUCAAUUGCGAUGGAGAUCAUCAAUUGAAGGACUGCAAUAAAAGAAGGGACUUAGCUCGCAUCAGUAUGAGACGAAGAGAGUUUGAAAACAACAAACCAUACAAUAGCGAUUCUCGUUAUCAUGAAGAAUCAACAGAAAAUGAUAAAUAUUCUCAUUUGAAACCAGGAACAAUCAGUCAGACUUUACGUGAUGCAUUAAGCAUGGCUGACGAAGAUCUCCCUCCUUUUAUUUAUCGUAUGCGAAUGCUUGGCUACCCCCCAGGCUGGUUGCCUGGGAACUCUGGUAUCGUGAUGUAUGGAAAAGAGGGAAAGGAGGAAAAAGGAAAGGAAGGCCUGGAAAAUGUCAAGGGAAUGGUUCAAUUUCCUGGUUUUAAUGUGCCAAUACCAAAAGGAUGCAGGGACCUUGCUCAUGAGGUGCAUUUACCUGCAGCAUCACCACGUGAUCAGAUUGUUGUUGACAAAAAAGAAAACUUGCGACAAGAGAAUAGUAAACGAAGAAUUUCAUCAGAUGAUGGCAUGUCUGACCAAUCUCAUAAAAAGAUGAAGAUGGCUUCCAGAAUGGAGAUAGAUGAGGAUGAGGAUGAUGAUGCACCUCCUGGAACAUCAAGCUUUAUAGAGUGUCAUAAAAUGAAGUUGGAGGAAGUUGAAGAUGGCGAGAUACUUGAUAACCCUAAUGGAUUAAACAAUACAUUGUCGUUGUCAUGGUGGUUGGGUGAACCACUUGCCCCACAAAUGAAGAAAGAUAAAGAAAUCCUAAAUCCUCCUCCUUUUCCAUUGAUGCCUCUACCUUUACAUAAGAUAUCAAAAAUUCUUCCUGGACAACUCAAUCAUAUAUCAAUGGACGACAGAAGUCGAUGGCUCGAUCCUGUUUUUGGAAAUUUACAAGUCAGGACGGGAAGAUUUGAUAAAUUGAAGACGAUCCUUUCGUCGCGUGACAACAAAAGGAAAUCCUUGUAAACACACGCAUGUGAAUAACAUCUAAUUUUUAUUAUUACAAUUGCCAUUGAACCAAAACUCACGUUGAAAUGCUUUCAGUUGCAAUUGCUAAUUUUUAAGUAAACAUAUUUCAAUCAUAAAUUCUUUUUAAUGAGUGCUUUUUUCACAUCUUUCACAUAUAUAAGUAAAAGACAGAGGAAGCAUAUCGUGCGCAAACAAAAACAAUGCGAAUGACGGUUCGUAUAGUAGAAAUAAGGUUGCACGAUCCCCUUGUUCGAUAAGAAAGCUGGAAAACUGAAUCAUAAAAAUGAUUUUACUUCUGAAUGGAAACUAUCGAAGCACUAGCAGUUUGUGUUGGUGCCGACGGGGCCUAAAGGAAUAUUUGGUAAUCGUGCUUGUGAGGUGGAGAUUAUGGUGCUUGUACAAAUGAAAUGGUUGAAUUUGUUGGUGGAGAUGAUUGUUAAAGGAUUCCUUGAUAUAUUCAAGAGUUUUAAUGAAAUAAACAUGGCAACGACUUACUAUCAACUCAAGAACAUCACGUCAUUGUGAUUGAACAGAGUAGUUCAUGUUUCAGACCAUCCUCUAACCAGUCUGUUCGUCUUCUUUUUGGUAAAAAGUGUUAGAUUUGAGUUAUGUCACACUUACAAAAAUUUCAAAAUCAUUAUUUCUAUGUCAUGUUUACCCCCGCAUUGUCACUGUUGUUGAUAAUAUUGUCUUACCAUCACACAAAAAAUCCUUUGAAGAUGGCAUUAUGUGAUGUUUAUAUGGUGGUGACUGGAACAAAGUUCUCGCCAAAAAUUUUGUUGGUUUUCCGCCUUAAUUUAAACAAACAGUGAAAUAGUGCAAUGAGCAAGACACCAAAAUGAUAAAAACAAAUAUUGUUUAUCUAGGUUGUGUACAUAACUAAACAAAUAAUCCUUCUAUACUGGUUCCAUCCAUCCUAACUUUGAUCCCAUCCGACCGAUUCCCUCUCCUUGAGGUACAUUCAUUGAACUAAAAUACAUACAGAUGGCCACUGAACUAUAUAAAUAGUUAUAUUAUGGAUGUACAUUACAUGCAAAUUGAAAUGAUUAAUAAGUAUAAAAUAUAAAUAAAAAUACAACACGACGAUCC